AUGUUGAAAAAAUAAGAUUUUGGAUUGAAAAACGAUGAUUUGCUUUAUGCAGAUGUUAAAUUAUUGAAUUAAUAUGUUUCAAUAAGGAAAUUGGCUCCAUAUCUAUUAAGAUGGGUCAAUUAAAUUAAGAAGAAUAACGCUGAAAAACCAUUCGCUUAAAUUAGAAAAAGUACCAAAAGAAAUACGAAAUUAAUUCUUAAAGGAAUAGAUCCAAGAGAGUUUUAAAAGCAUAAAUGA